CUCCGUUCCAAAUUAAUUCAAUGGAGAGCUUAGACGGUUUGCUUCUCCAUAAACCUCCAUAAAACAGCGUGCACUUCUCCGUCCCCUUAGCCUUCCACACAAUAUGGUCGCACAAAGCUAUGAAACGCGAAUCAUUGUCUCUUUAGUAUUAUCUAUAAUAGCUGGAAUUGUUUCUCUGGGAUCUGUCUUUGGUUCAUGUCUGAUAAGACGGCCGAGGCAUGAUCCAAAAACAAUACCGUUCAAAUCUCUCUUCAUCCUCCUUCUAAGUCAAUCAAUGUAUCGGCCUACGUGGUGAAUUUCGUAUACCGGUCAGGAAUGUCCUUGGCUGAUAAUUCACUUUAGACAUAUAGCAUUUGCUGUUUAUUCGCUAUUUCGAAAU